CCGCCACAAGGCGACCGCCACAAGGCGACCGCCACCGGCCCCAAGCGCCAGCCCCGACCGCCACCCCCCGACCGCCACAAGGCGACCGCCACAAGGCGACCGCCACAAGACGACCGCCACCGGCCCCAAGCGCCAGCCCCGACCGCCAUCCCCCGACCGCCACAAGGCGACCGCCACCGGCCCCAAGCGCCAGCCCCGACUGCCAUCCCCCGACCGCCACAAGGCGACCGCCACCGGCCCCAAGCGCCAGCCCCGACCGCCAUCCCCCGACCGCCACAAGGCGACUGCCACCGGCCCCAAGCGCCAGCCCCGACCGCCAUCCCCCGACCGCCACAAGGCGACCGCCACCGGCCCCAAGCGCGGACCGGCCGGCGGCGCUUCCUUGAAUGCUUAACCGCCUUUCGAGCUGCCAUGCCGGGCUUGAGUUAGUGGCCGCGACCGGUACUUUACUGGACCCUAUUUGGCCCGCGGACCGGCCGGCGGCGCUUCCUUGAAUGCUUAACCGCCUUUCGAGCUGCCAUGCCCGGCGUGGGUUUCGCGUCCGCGCCCGGUACAUUAUGGAAGCAAAAAAAAAAAAAAAAUUCUAAGUGCGAGUGGGACCGGCCGGCGGAGCUUCCUUGAAAGCCCAUCCGCCCUCCGAGCUCUCCCACCGGUCGUGGGUUGGCGUCCGCGCCCGGAAUAUUAUGGAAGCUUAAAAAAAAGGAAAAAAAAUCUAAGUGCGAUUGCUGGUGUAUUUACUCGUCGUGUCCACCGGAGGGAGGCAACUCCCCGCCGCAGCUGAAAAGUCAUCCCGGCCCAGUGGAGGUCUGCGCAGGGGGGGUCUUCCUUGAAAUCUUAGCCGCCAUCUGAGCUCUCCUGCCCGGCGUGGGUUUGCGUCAGCGCCAGGUACAUUACGUUAAAAAUGCUUACCCGCCUCCCUGGAAGCCUAAUCGGGCGUAAAAUGUUAGGCGGAACGGCCCUGAAGCUCCAGACGGAAGUCCGAAAAAAGCUCCAUAAUUGGUUAAAAAUGCUUACCCGCCUCCCUGGAAGCCCAAUCGGGCGUAAAAUGUUAGGCGGAACGGCCCUGAAGCUCCAGACGGAAGUCCGAAAAAAGCUCCAAAAUUGGUUAAAAAUGCUUACCCGCCUCCCUGGAAGCCCAAUCGGACGUAAAAUGUUAGGCGGAACGGCCCUGAAGCUCCAGACGGAAGUCCGAAAAAAGCUCCAAAAUUGGUUAAAAAUGCUUACCCGCCUCCCUGGAAGCCUAAUCGGGCGUAAAAUGUUAGGCGGAACGGCCCUGAAGCUCCAGACGGAAGUCCGAAAAAAGCUCCAUAAUUGGUUAAAAAUGCUUACCCGCCUCCCUGGAAGCCCAAUCGGGCGUAAAAUGUUAGGCGGAACGGCCCUGAAGCUCCACACUUAGCCGCGUUCCUGCCCGGCUUAAAAAAGAGACCGCGCCGGGGGAUCUAUUUGGCCCGCGGACCGGCCGGCGGUGCUUCCUUGAAUGCUUAUCCGCCUUUCGAGCUCUCCUGCCCGGCGUGGGUUUCGCAUCCGCGCCCGGUACAUUAUGGAAGCCAAAAAAAAAAUAAAAUUCUAAGUGCGAGUGGGACCGGCCGGCGGGGUUUCCUUGAAAGCCCAUCCGCCCUCCGAGCUCUCCCACCGGUCGUGGGUUGGCGUCCGCCACUGCUCAAAGCGAACUUCAAAUCAUCUGCUUAAUAAUGUGGAACGCCAUUCUUAAGUAGUUUCUCCUUAAUUUGGGCUCAACUGGCCGGUAAUCAUCACCGGUGUCUGAAAUUGAUCUCAGUUAUCCAAAGAGCCCUCACACGGAAUACCGUCCAUGAGUUUAAUUGAAAAACAAAAAAUUAAUCUUUAUGACACUUAAAUACGAUUUGCAUAAUAAUUUGGAACAGGGUGUAGACCAGGAAGGAACAAUAUAGAUGCUGAUUCACUCUCGCGAAACCCCGUGUCCGAUACCAAACAAGAAUGGCAAAGUGUGUCUCUGGAGUGUGUCAAAGCUCUCUGCAAACAAAUUACCCAUAAAGAGUCCACAACCGUCGCAGAAUCGCUCGGAGUGUCCCCAGGCGCCAUUCCCGAGUCCUUCGUCUACCCAGUUCGGCUGGAUCUUGGUUCAUUAACACAGUUCAGUCAUAAAGAUCUCAUCCAAGCCCAAGACCAUGACCCUAAUAUUGCCCCAGUCAAACAGUCACUGAGUGGUGGUACACCAUUCGCCACUCUAGAAAACCCGAUUUCCACACUGUUGAAUAAAGAAGCAAGCAAGCUUAUAAUAAGAGAAAACCUGCUCUACAGAAAUGUGCAAAGAAAUGGGUCCCCAGUGCACCAGCUAGUUCUACCCAAAGAGUAUGUCACCAUGGUUCUGAAAUCCCUACACGAUGAGUCUGGUCACCUAGGCAUAGACAAGACACUUGACCUUAUCAGAGAUCGAUUUUACUGGCCCAAGAUGGGUACUGAAGUGUAGCAGUAUGUAAAAAACUGUGGCCAUUGCAUUACCCGCAAAGCCCUGCCCCAAAAAGCUGCUCCUUUGAAUCAGAUAACCAGCCAAGGGCCUUUAGACCUCGUGUGUAUCGAUUUCCUGUCACUUGAACCAGACUCUCAAGGUUAUGAUAACAUCCUGGUAGUGACUGACCAUUUUACCCGCUACGCUCAAGCCUUUCCAGCCAAAGACCAGAAAGCCAUGACUGUAGCCAAGAUUCUGUGUGAACGGUUCUUUGUACAUUAUGGUCUCCCUGCCCGCAUACAUUCCGACCAAGGGCGGGAUUUUGAAAGCAAGUUGAUCCAAGAUCUCCUGAGGAUGUUAGGCAUUCGAAAAUCCAGAACAUCUCCUUACCAUCCUCAGGGGGAUCCUCAACCAGAAAGAUGCAACCGUACGCUUUUGUCAAUGCUAGGCACUCUUGAUACCAAGCAGAAGCAAAAGUGGAGUCAAAAGAUCAGUCAACUGGUUCACGCCUACCAUUGUUCACAGAAUGACGCCACUGGUUACUCACCCUAUCUGUUGAUGUUUGGCCGAGAAGCUCGUGUACUAGUUGAUGUUUGUUUUGACGUGGCCGAUACCAGUCCAAAAGGCAAGUCCUAUCACCAGUAUGUAGCCAAUCUCAAGAGGGACCUCCAAAGAGCCUACACACUAGCUACAGAGACAUCGGACAAAAAACCCCAAAGAAACAAGAGAGCACAUGACAAGCAUGUCAAAGAACAAGUUCUGGACAAAGGUGACCGAGUGCUGAUGAGAAAUUUUGGAGUUCAAGGCAACCAAAAACUGAGAUGUAAAUGGAGACCCUCACCGUAUGUGGUGGUGGAAAAACUGUCGAACCUACCAGUCUACAAGAUUAAGCCUGAGAGAGGCAUGGGAGUGGAGAAGACCAUCCAUCGUAAUCAUCUGUUACCCAUCGGUUGCCUCGUGAGACUCCCUGUGGACGAGGGUGAUGAGCAGCCACAACAAAGACGGGUAACCAGAUCCCAACAAAAGACAAAAGAACAGCCACAGUCACCCGACCACGAGGAAGGAAUGUCCUCUGAGUCUGAUUGCGAGGAGGAACAGUGGACAAAUUACUGGAAGAUUGCCUGGGACAAGUUACAGACACAUCCCAGGUUGCCAAUAAGCCAAGCUCUACCAGUCUACGACAUGCCGAGACAAGCUCAAGAUGAGGCUAAUGCACAGUCAAUUGUCAGUGAGAGUCUAAGCCUGCCUCCCAAUGCUGACCCAGAAGUCAACGAUUUAGAGGGGGAAACAGAGCUGAACUCAAGUCAGAGAACUGAAGUGGAAAUUCAGAAAGUGGAACGUUCUAAGAGAGUCACUCGUCCAGUGGUCAGGCUGAGUUAUGAUGAACUUGGAGAACCUUGUGACCAUCCAGUUACUGUUUUAAGCCACGGAGUGUUGGUGGGAAGUGGGCUUUACAGCAACUCCAGAAGAAGCUCAUGUCAAACCCUCUGGUGCCACCCCAUGGCGUUGUGUUUCACUUGUUCAAAUUCGGCCUUUUCCCUUUAAACUUGCAGACUAUAUUAUAUCUGUAAGUCCUUUUUUGAUGAGGACAUCAAAACCUUUUAGAAGGGGGAGAGUGUAGCCCGGUGAAAUAGUAGAUUACCAGACUAAUAGUUUAUUUAACUAUUUCUGUUACAGUAAUUGUCAUAAUAUUCAUUAUUAUGAUAGUAUAUAAAUCCUAUUUUUUACUUAAAUAUAGGUCACCCAAACUUAAAAGUAAACUGUCUGUUUAAGCAAGUUAGGUUGUGUUUGUGUUCAUACCAUUUCAUUGGUCAAUUAAACAAAUUGGCAUAACAUAGUCAAAUGUGAUUGGCUGUUGUAGGGGAGAGGUUUUUUUUUCCCCCGGGAAGGAGAUGUGAAAAGAAAAAAAAAAAAAAGAGUCAAAAAAGACGGAGCUGAACGGAUGUAUGCGGGAUCCUUGCGAAGGAAUGGACAGUGUUGUUGGUAAAUAAUUUGCUAAGAAUACAGGGGUAUGUUUUAAGAUACGUACAGACUCUCGUAGUUUUUGCCGAGUCGGGAAAGUUUUUUGUGUUGCAAGAGGAGCGAGCAUGGAACAGGAAAUUAGCAAGGCCGUAGUAACCGCGGUUAACGUCUGAGCUACGUUGCCAUCUCGUUGCCACGCACUCAAGCUACCCGACGACAGAGACCAUAUCUUGCCACGCACUCAAGCUACCCGACGACAGAGACCAUAUCUUGCCACGCACACAAGCUACGGACAACCAAGACCGUUUAUUGCCACGUACUCACGCUGCAAAAAACCGACAAGGAAUUUUAGCUUUGCUGAGUAGUGAGCAAGGCGGGGAAACAGGCCUCCAACGGGGUGGUGCGGACUGAAAAGGACAUUUCAUACGUCGAUCUUUUGGUAAGAUUGACCAAUGACGAGGAUCCGCAUUUUUUCUUCAGCCUCACAAUCUCUG